AUGGAGAACCUGGAAAACAGCCGAGACCGGAAGAAACUGCUCCGAGAAGUGUUCCACUUUAUUCAUUAUUUUACUGGGAUCCAGCUUACGCUUGUGGCUAUGGGAUUUCUGCAAGAAAAAAUGAUUACAAGGGGAUACCCGAGAAGUACCGCGACGUACGAUGCGGAUGGGAAUCUGACGGCACCGAUUGUCGAUCGGUUCGGUGACAGCCAAUACCUACUCCUGUGGAAUCGGAUAAUCGCGCUGCUGGUGGCGUUGGUGGUGAUUCUAUGGAAUUUUCGGAGUCAACCCGACCAUGUGCCUCCCUACUACAAACAUGGCUACACGUCGAUCGCAAACACGAUUAGCUCUUGGUGCCAAUAUGAAGCCCUGAAAUACGUCUCAUUCCCAACACAGAUGAUUUUCAAAUGUUCCAAAGUUGUCGUGACGAUGUUGAUGGGGACGAUCGUGAGAAGAACAAGGUACACUCUUUUCGAGUACAUCUGCGGUGGCCUGAUUGCUGUCGGGGCUUCACUGUUCUUGAUCAGCUCCGGGCCGGGAUCCGGAAAAACUGGGACUACGAUUUCCGGAAUCAUUCUUAUGCUCGGCUACAUCGUCGUCGAUGCGUUUACCACCAAUUGGCAGAAGAAGCUCUUUGAUACGAGACCGAAAGUUAGCAAGUAUCAGAUGAUGGUGGGCGUGAACUGCUUCUCCACAAUUCUAUGCUUCGUCUCAUUACUCGAACAAGGAACCCUCUUCAUUUCGACACGAUACGCCCUGACCCAUACGGGGUUUAUACGUGAUGUUCUGCUGCUCUCCCUCUCCGGCGCCCUCGGCCAGCUGUACAUCUACUCGACGAUCGCCAGAUUCGGGCCUAUUUGCUUUGCGAUUAUUCUAACGAUAAGACAGAUCGGGUCCAUCAUCCUCUCCUCCAUCUACUACCACCACCCGCUGACCAUCUACGCCAUCUGCGGGCUGAUUAUUGUGUUCGGCGCCAUGUUUGCGGACAUUUUCAGGAAAUACCGUCUACGCCAGCUAAACCAGAAAAAGAAGAGCGAUCGUAGCCCAUCCACUGAUACCACUGAUACCGUAACCACCCCGGUGGCUUCACCGCCCUCCACCCCUGAGCCUCAACAAAACGAGAAUGACAAACGGCUU